AUUAGAGAAGCUCAUCAUCAUCAUCAUCAUCAUCUGGCAUAAUUUGUUCCAUCCCAGAAUCCAUGGCUUCUCAACCCCACCAACUUCACUUUAUCUUGUUUCCUUUAAUGGCCCCAGGCCACAUGAUUCCGAUGAUAGACUUGGCCAAAAUGCUGGCACAGCGUGGUGUUAUUGUCACCAUGGUCGUCGCUACACUUAAAGCGGCUCGUUUGGAAACGAGCAUUUCUCGCGCCAUUGAAUCUGGGCUUCAAAUCCAUGUUAUCCAACUUCAGUUUCCAUGCCAAGAAGCAGGAAUACCAGAAGGGUGUGACACUGUCGACAAGCUUCUUUCUCUAGGACUAUCCACCAAGUUCUUGACUUCAACUAGCAUGCUACAACAGCCGGUGGAGAAGUUGCUUGAGAAGCUGGCACCUCAGCCAAGCUGCAUAAUCUCCGACAUGAGCUUCCCUUGGACAGCUGAUGUUGCUUGCAAGUUUCAUAUCCCAAGACUUCCAUUCUCUACAGUAAACUGCCUCACUCUCUUGUGCCUCCAUAACUCGCACCUUCACAGUAUGGUUCUCGACAGCAUAUCCUCCGAGUCCGAGUACUUUGUCUUGCCCGGAUUGCCCGAUCAUUUUGAAUUCACUAAAUCUCAACUAUCUGUACCCACGGAUCCAGAGAUGAUCAAAUUUAACGAGCAAAUGGUAGCAGCCGACCUAGCCUCAUACGGGGUUAUUGUCAAUACUUUCCGAGAGAUGGAGCCUGCGUAUGUCGAAGGAAUUAGGAUGGCAAGAUCAGAAGCAAAAGUCUGGUGUAUUGGCCCUGUUUCGCUUUGCAACGAAGACAACAUGGAUAAGGCAGAGAGAGGUCACAACUCUGCCAUUGAAGAACACCAAUGCUUGACGUGGCUUGAUGCCCAGGAACCCUGCUCUGUUGUCUAUGCCUGCCUUGGAAGCGUCUGUAAUCUUAUAACUUCGCAGUUGAUAGAGCUCGGGCAGGGCUUAGAAGAGUCAAACAAGCCCUUCAUUUGGGUCAUAAGGGAAACAAAAAACUCGGAAGAAUUGGAGAAGUGGGUUUUAGAAGACGGAUUUGAAGAAAGGAUCAAAGGGCGAGGCCUUUUGAUUCGAGGCUGGGCUCCGCAAUUAUUAAUCUUAUCACAUCCUUCGGUUGGAGGGUUUUUAACGCACUGCGGUUGGAAUUCAAGCCUAGAAGGAAUAUGCGCUGGGAUGCCAAUGGUUACAUGGCCGCAAUUUGGGGACCAGUUUAUGGAUGAGAAACUACUUGUGCAGAUACUAAAAAUUGGCGUGAAGGUUGGGGUGGAGGAUCCAUUGAAGUUGGGUGAGGAGGAGAAGAUGGGGGUGUUGGUGAAGAAGGAAGACGUUAAGGGGGCCAUUGACAGGCUAAUGGAUGAAGGAGAGAGAAGAGAAGAGAUGAGAAAAAGAGGCAGAGAGCUUGGAGAGAUGGCAAAAAGAGCUGUUGAAGAUGGGGGUUCUUCCCACGUGGAUUUGACACAGCUAAUUCAAGAUAUCUUGCAAGUUCAACAAACAAGACGCAUGGAAUCAACCUAGCUAGCAGACUAUUCCGAUGUCUCAUUUUACUUGGGUUGAUCAGUUCGACAAACAGGACGCAUAUUAUUGUCUGUCGUUGAA